AUGCGGUGUGCCCGUCACUGCAAGCUGGUAAUUGAGAAGUACUGCACUGCGAUAGAGGCCGCUCGGCUGGGUCUGCACUUUUUCCCACACCUCCUGAACGCACAUCCUGUCCAUGGCCCCACGAAGUCACGAGACCUCCUCACCAACCUCCUCCUGGUGCUGGCCAAGGAGGCCAUCGAUUCCACCAGGAGGAGGAUGCUGGAUGGGGAGGUGCUGUGGAGCAGAGGGGACCCUCGGAGCAGCAGCCGGCGCCGGGGCGAGAGCCGGGCAGGGCACGGGCGCUGGGGGCGCUGCUCCGCCGCGGGAGCCGCAGCCAUUUCGCAGGCAAGCCGGAACCAGGGGGAGGGAGGAGGCAGCGUGGGCCAAGCGGCUGCCGCUGCCAUCAGCUGGGACCGGGCCGCCCGCCCGUGGGCCCCUCCGCUGCGCUCCGGGCGGAGCCCGCUGGCCAUGGCUGCGGCCCAGGUGCAACUGACCUUUGAAGAUGUCACCAUCUCUUUCUCCCGGGAGGAGUGGGAGGUUUUAUCGGAGUGGCAGAAGGAGCUGUAUCGAGAGGUGAUGAAGGAGAAUUAUGCCAGUCUGAUCUCACUGGGGUAUCAAUCUGGGAGUCCUGCCAUUUUAUCGCAGAUUGACCCAGAGGAAGAGCCGGGCCUCUCGGAUCAGCUGGAUCUGAAAGGAAAAGAAUCACCUGCGUAUGCUCUCGGGGUCCGGCUCAAGGUGGAGAGGCAUGACGAAGGGUAUGAUGGAAGCCUGGGACAAGUCAGUAUAUUACCCGGGGACUGUAGGGAGCAGGCCUUGCAGGUGUCCGGCGAGGAAGAAGACUGCCCAAGUGAGAGCAGUGUCUCCAAGCAGAACAGGAGGCUGCCCACGAUGUUAGCUCUGUCCAGCCUGAGCCACAAGACGUCUGCUACAAUCCCAAAUCCCUCGGAGCGGGACAAGAAGAAAAGGAGCCAACGUGAGAAGCACUUCUCAAAGCAUGCAGAUCCGGACUGUCACCAGCUCACACAUGCAGAGAGGACCCGUGUGUGUGCUGAAUAUGGGAAAUGCUUUGCUCAAAAGCGAGACCUGGCAAUGCGCCUGAGAGUCCACACAGGGGAGAAGCGGUUUAAAUGCACCAAGUGCGAGAAGUGCUUCAUUCAGAAGCAACAGCUGCUCAGGCACCAGGAGACCCACAUAACCAAGCCACUGUGCCUGUGCAGAGAGUGCGGGAGACGUUUUCAAGCCAUUCGUGAUCUUCAGCGUCACCAGGUCACUCAUGCAAGAAAAACGCCGGUCUCGGUGAUCAUGGUUCCAAAGUUCACUUUUCCUGUUGUGCCAGUGACAUUUGAGGACGUCGCUGUCUAUUUCACCCUUGAAGAGUGGGAGAAAUUGACAGAAUGGCAGAAGGCGCUGUACCGGGAGGUGAUGAGGGAGAAUUAUGAUCAUCUGAUUUCACUAGGGUAUCCAGUUCCCAGACCUACUCUUGUGUUGCUGAACAAUCCGGAGGAAGAGCCAUCGCUCUGGGAGCAUCAGGAUCUGGAAGAAACAGAAUUACCUGAAACAGCUGAUUUCAGGCUCCUAAUUAAGGAGGAUGAGGAUGAUAAGGAAAAUGCUGAGAACCUGGGACAAGUCGAGACACCAUUCAGAGACUCUGAAAAGGAAUAUAAUUUGCUUUUUUCUAUCCAGGGAGUAAACCGCACUGGUCAGGGCAGCCUUGCUGUGGGGAGGAGAAAAGCCCACCUGAAAGGAAAGCAUGUUGAAACCACAAAUCCACAGCAGCUCAGCCCAGAUGAGAAACCUCACAAAUGUAGCGAAUGUGGGAAAAGCUUCCAGAAGCGUGGGAAUCUGAAAUGCCACUUUCGGACGCACACCGGGGAGAGACCCUACCCCUGCCCGGAGUGUGGAAAGAGCUUUCGCCAAAAGCACCAUCUGGUAACACAUCAGAGAACCCAUUCAGGGGUGGCACCGUAUAACUGCCCCCAGUGCGGGAGGAGCUUCAGCACGUCUGCCCGCUUUAAAACACACCAGAGCACCCACCUGGGGGAGAGGCUGCACGUGCGUAACGACUGUGGGAGAAGUUUCAGCUGUAAGCAAACCCUUAGGAUCCACCAGAGAAUCCACGCUGGAGAGAAACCGUACAGAAGCCCUGGCUGCGGGAAAAGCUUUUGCAUGCCCGUGCAUCUCAAACUGCACCAGCAGAUCCACAUGGGGGAGCGGCCCCAUACGUGCGACGAGUGUGGGAAAAACUUCCGGAAGAGCGAGCACCUGAAGCGGCACAAUCGGAUCCACACAGGGGAGCGACCCUUUGCAUGCACGGCGUGCGAGAAAAGCUUCAUCCAGAAGCAGCACCUGGUGAAGCACCAGAGGACCCACACGGGCGAGCGGCCCUACCUGUGCAGCGACGAGUGUGGGAAGGGCUUCCGGAAGAACGAGAACCUGAAGCGCCAUUUGCACACGCACACAGGGGAGCGCCCAUUCCUCUGCACCGAGUGCGGGAAAAGCUUCAUCCAGAAGCAGCACCUGGUGACACACCAGAGAACCCACACGGGCGAGCGGCCCUACCUGUGCAGCGAAUGUGGGAAGAGCUUCAGCACCGCUGAGUGCCUGAAGAUCCACCGGAGAAUCCACACAGGCGAGCGGCCCUACCUGUGCAGCGAAUGCGGGAAGAGCUUCCGGACACACCGGGUGCUGAAAGUUCACCAGCAAACUCACACCGGGGAGAGUCUCUUCAUCUGCUGCGACUGUGGCAAGAGCUUUCGGCACAAGCAGACUCUGGUGACGCACCAGAGGACGCACGCUGGCGAGAAGCCCUAAGACUGCACCCUUUUCUGGCUCUACGCCUGCAGCAAGUGCGGGAAGAGCUUCCAGAAGGGCGAGAACUUGAAACACCACUUUAAGACUCACACGGGAGAGAGACCUUACUGGUGCAUCCAGUGCGAAAAGGGCUUCAUUCAGAAGCAUCAUCUCCGCAUGCACCAGCGAACCCACCACGGGGAUAGAGCCCAUGUGGGUGAGGGAUACGCACCUGUCUUCCCCCAGGGUGAACGUCUGCAAUGUCCCCUGGAAACCCACCUGUACACGGAGGAGCUGAGUGGGGAGCUCCCAUUCCAGGUGGUCAUUGUCGACGACUUUCCUUUUCCUGGCAAUGAGGCACCGGGGUAA